UUCCCUAAUUCAAAAAUAAAAUCUAAACCCUAACCUCAACACAGUGACCGAUCUGCAAACCCAGCAAUGGCACCCAGAUCGGAUUCCGUCCAGAGCUCCACCGCUGCGGAGCCAAUAUCCGGUGCUUCCAUGGAUCCGAUCUUCCACAUACUGAAGGUUCUCCCUUACUCCGUCCUUCGCCCUCCCCGUCUCCGUCUGAAGCUUCCCAGCUUCAGCCUCCCCUCUCCUAUGACUGUUUUCUCUCUAAUUCUUCUCACCUACUUCAUGGUGGUCUCCGGCCUAGUCUACGACGUGAUCGUGGAGCCCCCAGGUAUCGGCUCCACUCAGGAUCCCGUUACUGGCUCCGUCCGCCCGGUCGUCUUCCUCCAAGGCCGCGUCAACGGACAGUACAUCAUUGAAGGACUCUCGUCUGGUUUCAUGUUCGUUCUCGGUGGCGUCGGCAUCAUUCUGUUGGACCUCGCUUUGGACAAGAACCGUGCCAAGAAUGUCAAGGUCUCCUACGCCUCUGCGGGGAUCUCCUCCAUAGUUCUGGCUUAUAUUAUGAGUAUGCUCUUUAUUCGCAUUAAGAUCCCAGCUUAUCUUAGAUAAAGUCUGUUCCUUGAAUGAAUUUCAACUGUGCUGGCAUGGCGAAUCUGGAUUUUACUUGCUUUAAUAUUAGCUACUUUUUAUUGAUAGAUAAAUGUGAGCUACUAUAUUAUCAUGUUUUGUAUCAAAUUUUCAGUCCUGAAUUUAUAGUUUAAAGUUCUCUUAUUUAGCA